AUGCCAAGAGCCCCAAGAACUUACUCUAAGACUUACUCUACCCCAAAGAGACCAUACGAAUCUUCUCGUUUGGACGCUGAAUUGAAAUUGGCUGGUGAAUUCGGUUUGAAGAACAAGAGAGAAAUCUACAGAAUUUCUUUCCAAUUGUCUAAGAUUCGUCGUGCUGCCAGAGACUUAUUGACCAGAGACGAAAAAGACCCAAAGAGAUUAUUCGAAGGUAAUGCUUUGAUCAGAAGAUUGACCAGAGUCGGUGUCUUAUCUGAAGACAAGAGAAAAUUAGAUUAUGUCUUGGCUUUGAAGGUUGAAGAUUUCUUGGAAAGAAGAUUGCAAACCCAAGUCUACAAGUUGGGUUUGGCCAAGUCUGUCCACCACGCUAGAGUCUUGAUUUCCCAAAGACACAUUGCUGUUGGUAAGCAAAUCGUCACCAUCCCAUCUUUCAUGGUCAGAUUAGACUCUGAAAAGCACAUUGACUUUGCUACUACUUCUCCAUUCGGUGGUGCUAGACCAGGUAGAGUUGCCAGAAAGAACACCGGUAAGGGUUCUGAAGGUGCUGAAGAAGCCGCUGAAGACGAAGAAUAA